CAACAACAACAGCAACAACAACAGCAGCAAUAACAUUACCGUGGUGCGGCCAACGAUUGUGACGCAUACAGCAAAGCCAACAAUUGUGGGCGGCAAAUUUACGGCGCUGCCAACGACGAUAACAACUAAAGUCGCCCUAGCGGACAAGGGCCCAAACAACAUGCCAAAGAAAUUGACGGCGGGAGCAGCAGCUGCCAGCGGCGCCAAUAACACACGGAUUGGCGCAAGUGGCGCCGGCAGUGGCCUAAGUGCAGCCAGCGCCUAUUUGAACAGCGGUGCCGGCAACUAUUUGAACAGCCUUAGCACCAAUGACCUGAUGAGCCUGGCCGCCUAUGUCGCAUCCAAGGGAUCUUCAGUGAAUAGCAACAACAACCUAAUCAACAACAACAACCUGAACAACAAUAACGGCACCAAUAGCUUCUUUGCCAAUAGCGGCGGCGCCUCAACUUCAGCCGCCUCUGCUGCCAAUUUCAAUAUGGCCGCGUCUUUAUUGGCGCAGAUGAGCUAUGCGGGCGGUGCCACGCCCAUGCGUACGCCGUUCAAGCCGCAGCCGGUGGGCAUGGCAGCAGGUGUUACUGCCAGCGCCACACUGAAGAGCAGCAGCGCCGUUGGCGGUGCCACGCCCCAGGCGGCAGCCAGCGCUGGCGCAGCGGGCGGCGGGAUGAAGGUGAACACCACGAUGCUGGAGAAGCUGCAGAAGCUGAUCUCGCUCAAUCCGGAGUACUUGACCAGUGGCAUACCCAAUCAUGUGAUGACGCAGCUGUUCAUGCAGCCGUCGCAGCAGCAGCACCAGCUGCAGCAACAGCAGCUGCAACAGUUGCAGCUGCAGAAUGCGGCUGUGGCGAACGCCAAUGCGGCGACGGCGGCGGCGGCGGCGGCGGCGGCUGUCUACGUGCAGCAGGAGGAGGAUGAGGUCGACUAUGAGGAGAUGGGCGUGGCCGAGACAUACGCCGACUAUUGGCCAGCCAAACUGAAGCUAGGCAAGAAGCAUCCGGAUCCGGUCGUGGAGACCGCCUCGCUCAGCUCCGUGGAGCCGUGCGAUGUCUACUACAAGCUAUCCAUACCCGCCGAAACGAUCAACAGCGGCCAGCUGAGCGCCCUGCAGCUGGAGUCCAUUACGUACGCAUCGCAGGCGCACGACCAUCUCCUGCCGGACAACAGUCGGGCGGGCUUCCUAAUUGGCGAUGGCGCCGGCGUGGGCAAGGGCCGCACCAUCGCCGGCAUCAUCUACGAGAACUAUCUGAAGGGGCGCAAGAAGGCGCUCUGGAUAUCCGUCUCCAAUGAUCUCAAAUACGAUGCGGAACGCGAUCUCAGCGACAUUGGAGCCACGCGCAUCGAAGUCCAUGCGCUCAAUAAGUUUAAGUACGCCAAGAUCAGCUCCGAUGCGAAUAACAACUGCAAGCGCGGCGUCAUCUUUAGCACCUACUCGGCGCUGAUUGGCGAGUCGAACAACAAGACGGGCAAAUAUCGUUCGCGCUUCCGCCAGCUGCUGCAGUGGUGCGGCGAGGACUUUGAGGGGCUCAUCAUCUUCGACGAGUGCCACAAGGCGAAGAACCUGUGCCCCGUCGGCUCCGGCAAACCCACCAAGACGGGCCAAACGGUGCUCGAGCUGCAGCAGAAGCUGCCCAAGGCGCGAGUCGUUUAUGCGUCGGCCACAGGCGCCUCCGAGCCGAAGAACAUGGCCUAUAUGGUGCGGCUCGGGCUGUGGGGCCAGGGCACGGCCUUUGCCACAUUCGGUGACUUCAUUACGGCCGUGGAGCGACGCGGCGUCGGUGCGAUGGAAAUCGUCGCCAUGGACAUGAAGCUGCGCGGCAUGUAUAUAGCGCGCCAGCUGAGCUUCAAGGGCGUCAGCUUUAAGAUCGAGGAGGUGCCGCUCUCCAAGGAGUUUCGCCGGAUCUACGAUCAGAGCGUCGAGCUCUGGGUGGAGGCGAUGCAAAAGUUUACGGAAGCCGCCGAGCUGAUCGACGCCGAGAGCCGCAUGAAGAAGACAAUGUGGGGACAGUUCUGGUCGUCGCAUCAGCGCUUCUUCAAGUACCUCUGCAUUGCGGCCAAGGUCAAUCAUGCGGUGCUCAUCGCCCGCGAGUCCAUCAAAUACGGCAAAUGCGUCGUCAUCGGCCUCCAGUCCACGGGCGAGGCGCGAACUCUUGAUCAGCUGGAGCGCGAUGAUGGCGAACUAACCGAUUUUGUGUCCACAGCCAAAGGCGUCUUCCAGUCGUUUGUUGAGCGACAUUUUCCAGCGCCCGAUCGCAAUCGGAUCAAUCGCAUUUUGGGCCUGUACGACGAGGGGCCGGCCAUCAAGCAGGAGCCCAAUCAGACGCUCAACAACAACAACAACAACAACUGCAGCAGCAGCCGCAGCGGCACCACCACCACCACCACCACCACUAGCAGUAGCAGCAGCAGCAAUCGGAGCAAGCGCAAAGGCGCCAACGCGACGGCGAGCGGCCGCAAGUCGAAGAAGAAGAAGCGCAGCGGAUCGUGGCAGUACAGCGACAGCGAUGAGGAGGCGGCGCACACGUCCAGCGGGGAUUUGGACAACAACAGCGACGAGGCGCCGGACAGCGAUGAUGCGUUCAAUGUGGACAACAAUGAUGAGGACGAGGACGGGGACGACGAUGAGAACCGGAACGAGGAUGACGAUGAUGACGAUGACGAUGACGAUGAUGAUGAUGAUGAUGAUGAGGACGAGGACGAGGAUAAGCAUGACAAUGACAGCGACAGGCAUAGCGUCGCGAGCGACUGCAGCUCCGACUUCAAUCCGUUCUUUCUCAGCGGCAGCGACAGCGACAUGGAUCCCUGGGUGAAUGCGCGCAGCAAGAAGACCAGCGGCAAGAAGACCCAGAAGAAGGCCAAGAAGAAGAAGGGCAGCAAGGAGGCCAAGUCCAUCAAGAAGGAGCCCAAUACGAGCAGCAACCACAAUAACAACAACAACAACAACAACAACAAUGCAGCGAUGUCGGCAACGGUGGCCGCCGCCCUGAACGCGGCCAAGAGCCGGAAACCCCCGCAGCUGUCCACACAGGACAAGAUCCAGGAUCUGCUGCAGAAGAAGCAGGAGCUGAAGGGCACCAUGACGCCGGUGGGCGUGAAUGGGGUGAAGCUGAACUACGGCCCGCCGCCCAAGGAUGCCAUCGAGCGGGCGUGCACCAUGAAGGAGGAGCUGCUGCGCAAGAUCGAAAAGCUCGGCGCUCGGCUGCCGCCGAACACGCUGGACCAGCUGAUCGACGAGCUGGGCGGGCCGGAUAACGUGGCCGAGAUGACCGGCCGACGGGGUCGGGUCGUCCAGAGCGAUGACGGCUCCAUUCAGUAUGAGUCGCGCACCGAAUCGGAUGUGCCGCUCGAGACGCUCAACAUAACGGAGAAGCAACGCUUCAUGGACGGCCAGAAGGAUGUGGCCAUCAUCUCGGAGGCCGCCUCCAGUGGCAUUUCGCUGCAGAGCGAUCGUCGCGUCUUCAACCAGCGACGGCGCGUUCACAUCACACUGGAGCUGCCGUGGUCCGCGGACCGGGCGAUCCAACAGUUUGGCCGCACCCAUCGCUCCAACCAGGUGAACGCGCCCGAGUACAUCUUCCUCAUCUCGGACCUGGCCGGCGAGCGCCGUUUCGCCUCGACGGUGGCCAAGCGGCUCGAGUCGCUGGGCGCCCUCACGCACGGCGAUCGGCGCGCCACGGAGACGCGCGAUCUCUCCCAGUUCAACAUUGACAACAAGUACGGCCGGCAGGCCCUGGAGACGGUCAUGCGCACCAUAAUGGGCUACGAGACGCCGCUGGUGCCGCCGCCCACCGACUACAAUGGCGAGUUCUUCAAGGACAUUGCCGGCGCCCUGGUGGGCGUGGGCAUCAUAGUCAACAGCGAGAGCCAUCCGGGCGUGCUCAGCCUGGACAAGGACUACAACAACAUAUCCAAGUUUCUCAAUCGCAUCCUCGGCUGCCCGGUGGACCUGCAGAACCGACUCUUCAAGUACUUCACGGACACCAUGGCGGCCAUCAUCAACCAGGCCAAGCGUGGCGGUCGCUUCGAUCUGGGCAUUGUCGACCUGGGCGCAGCCGGCGAGAACGUGACCCGCGUGCGUCUGAUCCGCUUCAUGCGCAAACAUGCCACAGGCGUGGCGCCCACAGAGCUCCACACGGUGCGCGUGGAGCGCGGCAUGAUCUGGCAGGAGGCCAUUGACAAAUAUGCGGAUCUGUUCAACGAGCACGAGGGCUUCUACACGUCGCAUCAGCUGCGCAAUCACAAGCGCACAGCCAUCCUGGUGGUUGUCAUCGAGCAGCCGGCGGCGGCUCGCAGCUCCGGCGAGGCCGACGGCAGCAGCAGCAGCAAGGCGCAGAAGAAGAAGACGCGCAGCAAGAAGGAGAUCAUGUGCCAGAUCUACCGGCCCAACACCGGGCUGCAGGUGCGCCACGAAUCGCUCUUCGAGCUGGAGAAGAAGUACCGCAAGGUGAGCAGCGAGGAGGCCGAACCGCAUUGGACCGAGCAAUACGAUGCCUCGGUGCACACCUGCUCCCACGCCUAUUGGAAUGGCAAUUGCCGCAACGUCAGUCUGGGCAACGACUGUGAGGUGGGUCUUCGACAGCGCCUCUAUCAUGUAUUGGCCGGCUCGGUGCUGUCCGUCUGGGGACGGGUCGAGCAUAUACUGAACACGCGCUCCAACAGCAAAAUGCAGGUGAUACGCAUGAAGACAACGGAGGGGCAGAAAAUCGUCGGCACUAUGAUACCAAAGUCAUGCUAUGAGCCGCUCAUGAAUGAUUUGCGCAGCGACUCGGAGAAGCAGGAGGAGUUCAACUAUUAGAAAACAUUUCAAUUAAUCACUUUCACUCCAUCCACCCAAGUGUGAAACCCUAAUCCAAUCCACGACGAGAUCUAUUUCAUACUCGUCGGACUCUUCAAAACAUUUAUAAAAGCCCAACCAAGAAAAAUGAAGCA